AUGUCAAACCUGUUGCUUAUUACCGAGUCGGAACUGGUUCGAGGACCAUUAAUUGGUUCUGGCGCUUUUGGCACGGUUUAUCAGGGCUUUUGGUAUCCACAAUGUGCAGCUGGAGUUCGGAUAAAGUCUCAGCUCAUUCAACCUCCUGUUGCCAAGCCCUUUAACCCGGAAGCUUUUGAUUCUGCCUGUUGCAUUCCUCAGCAUUAUAUCGACUUGGCGACGGACGCGACAAGUCAGACGGACGUCGCUAACAGCGUGUCUCUUUGCGACUUUAUGUCGAAACCAAGCAGUUCUGACCAAAACUUUAGUUUGCAGGCCAAUUCAACUGACCCUGAAAAUAAUAAACUCUUCAAAGUCACCUCAACGACGUCAGAUAAACCGGCGUGUACAUCAUCGUCCAAAGAGAUGGACCUUUUGCAAGCAAACAAAUGUCCUUUGAGCUGGUCUGAUCGAGCCCCAAAUAGCUGUGACAGUUCGCAAUUUCAAUGGCCCAACGAGACUCCUCAAGACGGUUAUUUGGUUCCAGUUGGGCAAGGCGCGUCGAAGACAACAAACUCCAGCCUUCAGUACGGCAGUAUGUCAGUUUCCAUGGCAACAGGACAGUCUGAGACGAGCCUCAGCUUAUCCGCAUCACCAAGGCACAACUCGCCCUCUGCCGAAGGAUGGAGCACAUUAGAGAAAGAUGCAAAAAAAGGUUUCAAAGUUUCGUGGCCAAGAGAAGCUCUUCAAACGGUCUCAUGUAUUCCAGUCGCCAUAAAAGUCCUUAACGAUACCCAAUCUGCAAGAAAUUCAAAAGAGCUGCUCGAAGAGGCUCGUGUAAGUCCGUUGAACACAAGUGAAGCAUAA